GAAGCACUGGAUCAGCUUCGAUUGUCUGCCCCAAUCUGCUUGGGUUUGCUGGCAAACCGCUUCAUGGCCACCACGGCCACCGUAAUCGUGGGCCAUCUGGGAGAGAAGGACCUUGCAGCUGUAGGGCUUGCCGUCUCGUUGGCGAACGUCUCUGGCUACAGCAUCCUGGUGGGCAUUGCAACAACUCUGCAGACGACUACCGGCCAGGCGUUCGGAGCGCGCAACUUUGAAGAGGUAUCGCUGAGCCUCCAGCGAUGCUGCCUGCUUUGUUUGGUGAUGCUGGGACUCAUCGCUGCCUUAUGGCUUUGUAGCGAGCCUCUUCUGCUUGCUGUGGGCCAAGAGAAAGCCGUAGCUGCCCUGGCAGCCAGGUACCUGAGAUUUCUCUUGCCAGGUGUUUGCUGCUACCUCGUCACGCAGUGCUUGCAGAACUGGCUUGCAGCGCAGCGAAUGACAACAGUACAAGCAACUGGUGGUCUUCUGCUCGCUGCUGUGUACCUUCCACUGUGCUGGGCUUUGGUCCAUCCUCUCAACCUGGGCUUCAUUGGUGCUGCGAUCGCCACCUCCCUGAGCAACGGAGCCCUUGCUUUGUGGAUGGUCUUCCGCACCUUCAAAGCGCUCCGGCACGAGCUGCCUCGCUCGUGGCAGGGCCUCUCCAGAUCUGCCUUCACCGCCUGGACCCCCUUCCUGAA